ACGAGCUUCGAAACAAUACGUCAGAACUUAAUGAGAGUGGUACAAGCUUCGAUGUCUUUUUGAUUCGUCCGCACACGCAGUUAAGUUCGUCACACGACUGUGGGCGUGGUUUACUGGAGCUGGGUUCAAAAGUGCGUGCACGUGUUCCAAGCUUCCAGUGUCGUCAGUCACAUUGUAAUUGCUGGUCAAGUACAAUGUCUCGGAAACGUCCCAUCGCUAGCGCUAAGCGCGCUCACACUGCGCGGAGCUUUGAUGAGGUACCAAAGAAAACCAAUGUGGUGCUGCUGUCUUGUGGCUCAUACAACCCAGUCACAAAUACGAAACUGUGCAUGUUUGAAGGAGCACGUGAGCACCUGCAGACCAAAGGACAUUAUGAAGUUGUGAAGGGGAUCAUAUCACCAGUGGCUGAUGGCUACAACAAGAAGGGCCUGAUCGAGGCCAGCCAUCGGGUGGAAAUGGCCAAGCUGGCGGUAGAGAACCACAGCUGGAUUGAGGUGGACAGCUGGGAGAGCAGGCAGGCCGAAUGGCUGGAGACAGUCAAAGUGCUACGGCAUCACCGGCAGGAACUGCUCUCCCAGGAACCGGACACUGAUGUGGUGGGCACUACAAAGGCUGGCAGGAAGAGAAAACGCAUGGAUGCCAGCAGUGCCACCAAGAGGAGGAAGCUGGAGGAGGCGGAGACUGCACCCAAGGGGACACCUCAAAAAACAGACGAGCCGCGGUUGAUGCUACUCUGUGAUGCUGAACUGCUGGACUCCUUUGUGGUGCCGGGGCUGUGGAAACCUGAGCACAUCGAGGAGAUCGUCAGCAACUUUGGACUGGUGUGCAUGGCCCACUAUAAAUCUAAUCCGGAGGCCAUUAUUCGGGGCUCCGACCUCCUCUGGCCACACUACCGCAACAUCUACGUGGUGCGCGACUGGGUAGGCGUGGACGUGUCGAGCACAUACACCCGCCAACGGAUGCUGCCUGGCUACAGUGCCCAAUACCUGAUAAACGACCCAGUCCUCCGCUACAUCCAGGAGCGGCGGCUCUACACGCCUGAGAGUGAGCAGAGGAACGCUGAUGUUCUUCUGGCUCCGCUGCAGAAACUCGUAGGGAACCAUGGCUGAGCACAACCCCCCCCCACUGUCACUCUGCCCUCCUGUAGCCUCGUCAUCUUGCCAUUCCUACCUUCCCAUUUGGAUCCCCAUGUUGCUCUUAAUAAACACUGUUUUACAAUCCUAAA